AUGUGGAAAAAUUGCCAAUUGAUUAGGCCAAAUCAUGUGUACGAACAAGUCAUUACAGGGGUUCAUCAUUAUUACAACAAUACGUGUAUUAUUCUAAUGCAUGCUACAAAAGAUCCUAUAGAUACUCAAGGACUUGAAGCUACAAAAAAUUUGAUGGAAUUACAAGCAUAUUUGAGCAAGAAAUAUAUUCGAACUGCAAUUAUGGAAAUAUCCAUUUUCAUAUCAAAAGUUGGCCAAAGCUAUUAUCACAUCAAACGACCAUUGUUUGUAUUUUUAAAUGACAAUGAAGAAACUAAACAACAAUUUUCACGUGAUGUUGCACCCUGGAUUGAUAUGUCCUAUCCAAAUUGGCUUGUUUUUAUGAAAAAUGAAACAAAUAUUGAUGAUUAUUUUGAUGAUAUUUAUGUACAAUUUGAUUGUACUUUUAUGACGUCAAAAAUUUAUUUAGAGGGUGAAAUAAUAACUGAGGUUUAUCAAAUUGACAGAGGUGCUGAGCUGAGAAAAAAUUUAUUUGCUACUUGGAAUCAUUCUACUGGAAUUUUAACUCCAAAAUUAAGUUUAUAUCAACGAAGAAAUAAUUUAUUUGGUCAUACUUUUCGUGUUAUGUCGAUUGAGGAUCCACCACAAUCAAUGAUUUCACGAAAUAUUAAAAAUGAAAUUAUUGGUUUUAAGGGAUUUUUUGGUGGUGUUAUUGAAUUAUUACAAAAAAAUAUGAACUGCACAAUAAUUUAUCAGGACAAUGAUGAAUGGGGAUACGAAUUGGAUAAUGGAAGCUGGACUGGUAUGAUUGGUUCAUUAAUCAAUAAUAAAACUGAUAUUGUUGCUGCUGAAUUAAUGAUGACAGCUGAAAGAUUAGAUGCUAUUAAAUUUACAACACCUCUUUACUCAACCAAAAUUCGUGCAUUUAUCAAAAGACCAUCUUCAUCACCAAUUAAAUGGGCUGCAUACUAUGCACCAUUUAGCAUGGGUCCAUGGUCAAUUCUUGGUAUAUCUAUUCUUGUAACAGGUGCAUCAAUAUCAUUUGUUAAAUAUAUCGAAGCAGCUAAUAAAAUCAAUGAUGAACCAGCAUCACUUACAGAUACAAUUUUAGGUGUAUUUGGAGCAUUAUGUGGUCAAGGAAUGGAAGCAUCAUCACUUGAUCCAAUUAGAAUUAUACAUUUUGUUAUUCACAUGUGUGGACUUGUUAUCUUGGCUGCAUAUUCAGCCGCACUUAUAAGUUCAUUGGCUGUUAAAACAUUUGUCAUGCCUUUUACAACGAUGAAGGGACUUUUACAAGACGGUACAUAUCGUUUUGGUGUUGUCAGUGGAUCAGCUGAUUAUAGUUUUUUUCAAAACACAUCAGAUGAAGUAUUGAGUGUAUUAUUUUCUGAAAUUCUUGUUAAAGAAGUUGAUUUACCAUCAAAUUAUUUAGAGGGAUUAACAAAAGUAUGUGAUGAAUAUAAUUAUGCAUUUAUGACUGUUGAUGAUGCUGUUGCACAAUUAUCAUCAUCAGUUAAUUGUAUUUUGGUACCAUUGGAUACAAUAUCUCAAACAUCAAUUGGCAUGGGGCUGAGACCUGGUAGUCCAUAUCGUGGAAUUCUUGAUUCAAAUCUUCUUCUUUUGAGAGACAGUGGUCUUAUGCAAAGACUUUUAAAUUCUGAUUGGGCUCUACCUGGUGAUAAUGAAGACUCGUUGUGGUCAACAGUGGGAAUUUUUGAUAUUUUACCAUUGAUUGCUUUUUUAUUAAUAAGUAUUAUUUUAUGUUUAUUAUGUUUAUUUAUUGAAAAA